AUCCCCCAUCUCUUGCUGGAUCGCACCAUACCUGCAUCGGGAGGUACUCGGAGCCAGCCAGCUAGAUCUGCGAUUGAUUCUGCGUACCGGUUUAUUACCUCAGCAGAAAGUAUGUACUAUUGAUGUAAAGACCUUGUCCACAAUGUCUGGUCCACUUCUCACAAGACACACAGGAGAUGCAUUCCUUGGUCAAGACCGUACUGACCUUCAUGCUGCAGCAUUCCAAGGACAGUUAAUGACCAUGCAUGGUCUGAUCCUACGAGGAGCUGAUGUCAACAAACGCACGUCUGAUGGUGUCACUCCACUUCAUGAAGCUUGUUCUCGUGGGUUCCUCUACUGUGCAGAGAUGCUUGUAAAACAUGGUGCUGAUAUAAAUGCAUGUAACAUUGAUGGUGCAACUCCUCUCUGUGAAGCCUGUUGCCAUGGCAACACAGAAAUUGUCAAGUUGUUGCUUAGUAAAGGUGCAAUACCAAAUCCACCAUUGGCCAGGACAUCACCCCUUCAUGAAGCAGCGUUUAGAGGACAUACCAAAUGUGUUGAAGAGUUAAUCAAAGCAGGAAGUAAUUUAGAAGCUUCUGACUUGCAUUAUGGGACACCACUACAUGCUGCUUGUAAUAUGGGCAAGACAGAAACAAUAAAGGUCAUUCUUAAGGCAGGAGGGAAUGUGAAUGCUAUAAUGAACCAUACUCGCCCUCUACAUGUUGCAGCAGGUAUAAAGAAUCCAGACCUUGUAGAUGUUCUUUUGGAGUAUGGUGCUAAUGUGUAUGCCCUCAACAACCAAUCCAGAACCCCUAGGGAUCUUAUCCAUCACACAGACAAUGCCACAAGAUACAUCAUUGAUUAUGAAAUGGCCAAUCCAAGGAUGCUUGCUGAAUUAUGCAGGUGGAGAAUCCGUCGACUCCUUGGUCCUCAGAAACUUUCCCAGGUCAUCAAACUUGGUCUUCCUAAAAUCAUUGUGAACUAUGUACUCUUUAGAUAACACCUGCCCAAAUGAGCCAUGAUCAAUCAAAUUUGUUGUGUGAAGUGUAUUGUUGUAACAAGAAUUUAGUGCUUUCUAGUUCUUUUUUAGUGG